UCCUCUCUCUCCUACCUUUCUCAGGGGUUUUGCUUCUUCCUUACUUCUUCUUUUACAACAACCUCCUUUUUCCUCCAAAAUCUUGAGCAGUGAGCACCCAUUUCCCGGAAACAAAAAAGAAAACUGUUUUCUUGGAGAUUUCAAGCUGCUUCUCUGGGUUAUGUUAAAUUGGAUACAGAGUUUCACUAUCAGGUAUGGGUUCCGGGCGUUGGUUUAAGGUGUUAAUCGGCUUAAACAAAGCAAAGGAUGGCAAUUCAAAACGGUUGAAGGGAUCGUCAGCUCAUGGAAAAUCAAGUUCCAUAAAAUUGAAAAAGUCUAGUUCUGCGAAUGGUCAAAAUCUUGGAUUGCCAAUUGAGGAUAUAGCUGCAAUUCGGAUUCAAACUGCUUUCCGUGCAUAUGCUGCUAGAAAAGCUUUACGCCGUUUGAAAGGGAUUGUAAAAUUGCAACUAAUGACCCAAGCUUUUCCUAUUACUAAGCAAGCUACGACUACAUUGGGCUAUCUUCAUUCGUGGAGUAAAAUACAAGAUGAGGUUAAAGCUCGCCGACUCUGUAUGGUAACAGAAGGACGGAUCAAGCAGAAGAAAAUAGAGAGUCAGCAAAAACUUGAGGCAAAGCUUCAUGACAUAGAGGCGGAAUGGUGUGGUGGCUCUGAAACAAUGGAUGAAGUUCUUGCAAGGAUAUAUCAAAGAGAAGAAGCAGCAGUUAAACGUGAGCGGGCUAUGGCAUAUGCAUUUUCUCAUCAGUGGAGGGCCAACUGCAGUCAGAGCCAAAUCUUGGGUAAUUAUGAACUCAGUAAAGCUAAUUGGGGUUGGAGCUGGAAGGACCGCUGGAUUGCUGCUCGCCCCUGGGAAAGCCGUGUGCAGUCACCUAGCCCAAGGAAAGUGCAGAGUAAGCAAGCAAGCCCAAUUGGUAAGAACAUAAAUUCACCAACGCCAAAAUCUUCGGUUAUAGUUAAACUUCCUUCGUCAAAUGGUAAGGCAACUACAAAGGCUCGGAGAUUGUCUUACUCAGCUGUCGAAGAAAAAACAGCGGCAAGUGCAGAGGGCAUUAAAACUGAAGAAAAAAACACUCCGAAAUGAAUAUCGACUUUGUUGGUGGUUCUGAUCCAAUGGUAGAAACUAAAUAAGAAUGUCUUGAGUAUCUUAUGGAUUCAAACUGCAGAAAAGUGAGGGAAGAGCCAUUUUUCUUUAAAAUACGCGGUCAUUUCUGAUUCUUGUACAUGGAGUGGUGUGGAAGUAAUGUGCUUGCGCGUGCAGUAACGGAUUUUCGAGCAGGACCUGGAUUUAGGGCUGAUCAGAACAUCCUUCUAUGAUUCUUUCUUCUUUUUUUUCCCUCUGUUCUUCAUAUUAAUGUAUAUUUGAAAGAAAAAUAAUAUUCUAUUUAUACUGUAAAUAGACAAAAUAUUUGUUGGGGGUGGAUUAUUCUGUGCUUUCGCACGCUGUAAUUAGAAAGUACUCUGGUUGUUGUCUUUCA